UCUUCCCAAAGAAUUGCAUUCAGGUCUCCACCGCUAUUGCAGCUGAAUGCAACGAAGUGCUUCCAGCUUUGAUUAGUUGGUGUCAAUGCCGCUAUGAGUAUUAUAAUGGAUGAGGCCAGCUUUGAGGUCCCUAGUGAGAGUUCUGUGCUCUAUAAAACCACGCUGUUCCCCCAGCCACAAACGACCACUCAGAAAACCUGAUUGCACACCUCUACGGAAACCGGAGGGAGAAAACUUUGUACAGGCUGCUACGUUUAUGUUACACACUAAACUUGUGGGUUUAACUCACUGCUGGACAGCAGCUAGCAGCCAGAUUUGCAAAAACUAAUAGGAGUGAACAGACAUAUCAGUAGACACUUGUAAAUGCUGAAAGGAUGAACGGUCUUGCACUGUCCCAGAGCUGUGAACUUUCAUUGCCUGACUGCACAGAUGGAGGGACACUAUUCAUCACCAAGGCCCCCCAAGUCUGUGGGGUCAGAGUUCAACUUGAAAUGCAGGCACUGUGGCGGCAGUUUGACCAACUGGGCACAGAAAUGAUAGUUACAAAAUCUGGAAGGAGGAUGUUUCCAACAUUUCAGGUGAGAAUCUCUGGAAUGGAUCCUUUAGCCGAAUAUGUUCUGCUCAUGGACUUCAUCCCUGUUGAUGACAAGAGAUACAGAUAUGCAUUCCACAACUCCUCAUGGUUGGUAGCAGGGCGAGCGGAUGUUGCAGCCCCGAGCCGGAUGCAUUUCCACCCAGACUCACCGGCCCCCGGAGCCCAGUGGAUGAAGCAGACAGUGUCGUUUGACACUCUCAAGCUCACCAACAACCUGUUGGAUGACAAUGGACAUAUGAUUCUGAACUCCAUGCACCGUUAUCAGCCACGCUUCCAUGUAGUGUAUGUGGACCCAGCACCCAGCAGUCAUUUAAACGCCUACAAUAACUUUUGCUCUUUCUCCUUCCCUGAGACACGGUUCAUGGCCGUCACCGCCUAUCAGAACCACAGGAUAACUCAGUUGAAAAUUGCAAGCAACCCAUUUGCUAAAGGCUUCAGGACCACAGACCCACAGGCAUGGGAAGGUACUGCAAGCUCCCUUGCAGUAUUAUGCCCACCAGAUGGCGGUACAGAGCCCCUCGUCUCUAAACCUAAAGAUCAGGGUCGUUCAAAGCCUUCAGCCAGACAGACGAGUUCAUCCUCUGUGCUGCUGCAGGAGUGUGAGCUGCCUUACCAAAAGGAGGACUCUGUGGAAGUCACCAUGGCGAGCAAAGAUGGGAACAGUUUAACAACAUCUGCACAUUUCCUCCAUAUCCCUGUGUACUGGGAUUGCACUGGAUCAUCUCACUAGAAAGUCAAACUGUUGCAAAGCAAGCAAACAAAAACCAAUUGUUCCAAUUAGUCCCUUAACAUCUGGCUUCUUUCUUUCUUUCUUAUAUUUAUGGAUAUAGUAUACAUACGGUAGUUCUAUUUACUGGCCUCCAUGACAGACUCUUUAAAUUACUUAUUAAAUCCUUUAAAAACAAGAUGUCAGGGGUGGCAUUGUGACAUAAAUUAUUAACUUUUUUGUUUUGUUAAAAACAGGGAUUGCCAUAAAUGAUUUCAAAUGCCUUUCAUGACAGACUCUUUAAAUUACUUAUUAAAUCCUUUAAAAACAAGAUGUCAGGGGUGGCAUUGUGACAUAAAUUAUUAACUUUUUUGUUUUGUUAAAAACAGGGAUUGCCAUAAAUGAUUUCAAAUGCCUUUCCACACCUAAUUUAUUAUUAUUAUUUAAGUCAGAAAGAAACAAAAUAAUAAACAAAUCUAUUAAAAACGUAAAAAUAAGUAAAUAAAUAAAAGCGCAAUAGCAUGGUUGUAAAUGUGUGUGCACCCUGAAACUGAAUUGUUGCUGAAGCACCUUUUGAUUCAGUUUCACAUUAUUUCAUCUCUUGUCCAAAUUAACUCUGGACUUUGACUAGGCCAAUUCAAAGCUUUUAUUUUCCUUUCCUAAAUUGUUACUUUGUUGAUUUGGAUAUAUGUUGAUUUGGAUAUAUGUUUAUGCUCACAGCAAUGCUAAAAACUAAAGCUUCAUAGCACACACCUGAAGGUUUUGGGCUAAACUUGACCGGUAUUUUGGCCAAAGCCUGACUGGAACUGUUUUCAUCCAUCCUGAUGAAAGAUUUCUGUUCCAUUUGAAUAAAAAGUAACCAGUGCAUGAUACUACCCUGCAUAUUUCGCUGCAGUGUAGUAUCGUGCUCUGGUUAGAGUUAGUAAAGUGUUAUUUUGGUGAAGUGCUGUGUUGUUUUUGCAGGACCCCAUGACACAUUCUCUACAGUUUCUCUACAAAAUUGGCUAAUUCCAUAUUUUUUCUUGAGUCUGUGUAUCAAAAUCAAAAUAACAACAUAUAAAGGUUCUGGAUUACUAUAUUAAAAUUGUUAUUUAUUUUUAGGUUUAAUAUGUAAAGAGCUGACACCAAGUUCAUUUAAAUUAAGCUCAUCAUCACUGUGACAUUAGUGUCGUAAAAAUAUUAAAUAUGAAUACCUUUAAAAUUAUAGAGAGGAUGAAAGAGAAUGGAGAAAUUCUUUGAAGCCAAAGGAGUCAGGCUAAAAACUUCACUACCCAUGAUACCGCUCUUCUCUAGACGUUUCUUGGAAGGGAGGGGAGAACUGAAAAACGAUUUUGCUUUCAAAAUAAAAUACAACAAAUGUUCAGCAAUUUUUUUUUUAAGGUGUUACAAUGUAGCAGUUUAAAUGCUUCAUUUGUUAAUGGAAAUUGGAAUUAUUGCCAAUAUGUUUUAUUGAGUAUUGGAUUAGCAGUCAAUAAUAGCUCAUUAUAUUUUUCCUCCUGUUUACCAUAUUUUUGGGGUCUAUUCAUUGUCUA